AAAACGCUAUAGUCGUGUGUGCCGGCCACACUUUCCUCUGACAUCAUCAACAAAGGUUGAAAGCAACGCGGCUGACCUGUUCGAGCACAAAGCCGCAAAUAGGUUCUUUGCCAGUUUGUCAAUUUAGUAUCUGUUCUCUCCAUCAAGGGAAUCGAGAGAUCUAGAGAGGGGAAGAGUAGAGAUGCACGAUUUUUGCUUCACGAUCCCCUACGGCCUGCUGUUGCUGUCCGGCGGAUUGGUGGGCUACUUCCGGCGCGGUAGUACUGCAUCACUUGCAGGAGGCGGGGGCGCCGGCAUCCUUCUCCUCUUGGCCGGAUUUUUCAGCCUCAAGGCCUUCGAGAAGCGACGCAACUCUUAUGUAGCGAUGAUACUGGAGACUGUUUGUGCACUUAUUCUUACAUAUGCUAUGGGACAACGAUACGUUCAGACCUCCAAGAUAAUGCCGGCUGGCUUAGUUGCUGCCCUCAGUGCUCUUAUGUCUGUGUUCUACAUCUACAAAAUUUCCACCGGUGGUAAUCAUAUCCCAACCAAGACUGAGUAAGACCUAGCAAGCUGUAACAUGUUCCAGUCCUGCAUUAUUAUUUUUAAAUAUUUUUUUUUUCCUUCAAGAGAUUAAUAUAUGUUUUCCACUGAUGAUGAACUUACGAGAGUCACCCUUAGCUCCAGGGAUGAUAUGCUUGAUAACUGAACAUAUAAUAGGGAAAUAAGAUGUCAAUGCCAGCCUUUUUGUCUA